AUGUCAGUCCAUUACUGUGCCAAUGGCAAUGGCACUCUCUAUCCCAAACAACGAUCCUACUCAAAUUUAGUGGCCAUGCUUGAAGAUGCAGUCGUUUCAUGUGGAGACGAUUUGUUGUAUCGAUUUUUAGACUUUUCUUCAGGAGGCAAAGAACUCUUACCUUCACUCCAUUCUUUGCAACAACAUUUAAAUUUAUGUCAUGAAGUAUUUGAGAGUUUCAACGUGUUGGUGACAGAUGUUCUCUCUUUUUCAAGCACCAAUCAUCUCCUGGAUUUCUGGAAUAUUCCUGAAGGACUUUCCAAUGAGAGUUUGGCCUUUCUUCAAUACACUUCUGGAUCCACGAGUGAUCCCAAAGGAGUCAUGCUCACUCAUGGUAAUCUUCUUCAUAACUUACAUUUCAUUGAAACAUGUUUUGGACAUACCAAGAACAGUCACGGAAUGAUAUGGCUUCCUCCUUAUCAUGACAUGGGAUUGAUCGGUGGUUUACUUCAGGUCCUUUACGCACAAUUUUCAUGUCCAUUAAUGUCACUUCAUUCAUUGCUUCUUGUUCCAGAGAUGAUGAAAAAAGAAACAAGAAAAAGCAUUCACAUGUAA